CCAGGUGCUGCGAGGCGGGGAGGGGGGGGGGAAGCGCGGAGCGACCCUGCGCGGUCGCCAUGCGCCGUGCCGCGGGCCGGGCCGGCCAUCCUGCGGCGUAGCGGCGGGAGGCGGCUGGGCUUCUCCCCGCCCGUGAUGUCCCCCGGGCAGCGGGGGAAGGCGACUCACUCGAGGGCUGCGGCAGAGGCCUAGUGGCGGCCAGCGUCCCCCAUGGCCGAGGAGCAGCAGGCGGAGGGGCAGCCGCCGCGGCGGCUGGCCGGCACCCCGGCGCCCGGCGGGGCCCUGCCGGCCCUGGUGCCGGGGCUGCAGGGCGGCGAGGCCAACGCGCUGCAGCACAAGAUCCGCAGCUCCAUCUGCAAAACUGUACAAUCUAAAGUGGACUGCAUUUUGCAAGAAGUUGAGAAGUUUACAGACCUAGAGAAACUCUACCUCUACCUUCAGCUGCCUUCGGGUCCCAACAAUGGAGACAAAAGCGAUCAGAUCUCCAUGUCGUCCAGCCGUGCCCAGCAGAUGCACGCCUUCUCGUGGAUACGGAACACCUUGGAAGAGCACCCUGAGACAUCCCUUCCCAAGCAGGAGGUUUAUGAUGAAUACAAGAGCUAUUGUGACAAUCUUGGCUACCACCCAUUAAGUGCUGCUGACUUUGGAAAGAUCAUGAAAAAUGUCUUUCCGAAUAUGAAGGCCCGUCGUCUCGGCACAAGAGGCAAAUCAAAAUAUUGCUACAGUGGACUGAGGAAGAAGGCUUUUGUGCAUAUGCCAACGCUGCCCAACCUCGACUUUCAUAAAACUGGAGAUGGGUUGGAUGGGGCAGAGCCCUCUGGGCAGCUGCAAAGUGCUGAUGAGGAAGCCAUCUCUGCGGCCUGCCGGCUUGUUUGUGAAUGGGCCCAGAAAGUGCUGAGCCAGCCUUUUGAUACAGUCUUGGAAUUGGCUCGUUUCCUUGUAAAAAGUCACUGUAUCGGUACCAAGUCGAUGGCAGCUUUAACAGUAAUGGCAGGAGCACCAGCAGGAAUAAAAGGGAUCCCCCAGCCCUCAGCUUUUAUACCCACUGCUGAAAGUAAUUCCUUUCAACCGCAAGUGAAAACUCUUCCAUCUCCUGUUGAUGCCAAGCAACAGCUGCAGCGUAAGAUCCAGAAGAAGCAGCAAGAACAGAAACUGCAGUCUCCUUUGCCAGGAGAGUCUCCAGCAAAGAAAACGGAAGGCACCGCAACCAACGGUGUGACCAGUAUAUCUAAUGGAAGUCCUGCAAUUCUGUCUCCUCCGCCUAUUGGCAUUGUUGUGGCAGCUGUCCCCAGCCCGAUACCGGUGCCAAGGACCAGGCAGUUGGUGACGUCUCCAAGUCCUAUGGGAUCGUCUGAUAGCAAGGUCCUGCCACUCAACGUUCAGGUGGUCACUCAGCACAUGCAAUCAGUCAAGCAGUCACCAAAGACUCCCCAGAACGUUCCCGCCAGCCCAGUUGGUGACCGCUCUGCCCGGCAUCGCUACCCACAGAUCUUACCGAAGCCAGCAAAUACCAGUGCUCUCACCAUCCGCUCUCCCACAACGGUGCUCUUUACCAGUAGCCCAAUCAAGACUGUUGUGCCAGCUCCACAUGUGAAUUCCUUAAAUGUGGUUAAAAUGACAGCAAUAUCUCUUGCCCCAAGCAGCAGUAGUGUGCCCGUCAAGCAGACGUCUUCAGUUAGCAGUAGUGCAGGAGCAGCGGAAGAAGGGAGGACUGGUCCACAGAUCAAAAAUGGAUCCGUUGUGUCACUUCAGUCUCCAGGAUCCAAGCCUAGCACUGUUGUAGCCACAUCUGCAGUCAAGAUCAAAAUGGAACCAGAAGCAUUGCUGGAUGAGAACUCAGUACAGGGCCAAGAGAGCUCUGAUGUAUCUAAAUCCGUCAAGGCAACCCCUGACCUGCCUCCUGCUCAACUAAUUAAUUUUGAAGUUGCAACCUUGAAGGUUUCAGCUGAUGAUGUCACAGAGGCAAAACCAGUUAAGGGCUGUGAUCAGGGAGCUGAAGAAGCAGGGACCAAAUACAAAAUACAAUCUAAUGAGAUCACACCAGUUUCUUCAGCAGGCAAUAAUCAAAGCACUCUAAAGCUCUCAGUUGCCAGUCAGAACUUGUCCAGCACCAGCAUUGGUUCACCUCCUACUGGUGAGUCUACAAUUAAAGACAAAACGUGCACUAAAAGUCCAAGAAAGCGACAACCUUCUACACUUCAGGAUUCCCAGGUACCACCUGUAAAGAAACCACUGGUGGAGCAGCUUUCAGCUGGUAAUGCUGUGGAGGGUCAAAAAGCAAACAGUGUUAAGAAGUCUCCGAACGUUGGAUCGUUAGCUAACAGUGACAAUACAGCAACACUUGCUCAAGUUCCCAGCAAGGUACCUGCAAAGAUACCUGUACCUUCUACAGCUGCAGCAAACUUAGCAACAGACCUUUCUUUGAGCACCAAUUUAAAUACCAGUGAUUCUACUUUAGGACAGCAGCUUGCAUCAGCAUCAUCUCCAGAUAUAAAAGUAAAAUUGGAAGGAAACAUGUUUAUCAUAGAAAACGAUUCAAAAUCUGAUGGCAGCUUUAACCCAAAUACGUGGCACCAUAUCACCAAAACCUCCGACUUUGCAUCUGUGAAUUGUGAACAGCAGCCAGAUAUCAGUGUUAUGACUAUCGCAGGGCACUCUGGCUCUAGUGACUUACAGGAAUCAGCGUGGGAACCAGUGCACUGCGAAGGUAUACAGCAGGAUGCAUACAACCAGCAGUUACAGAGCCAGAUCCAGGACUCCUCCUUGGCUCAAAUACAAGCACAGCCCUCAAAUCAGUUAGCUCUGCAGUCUGAGCUGAAAGAGUUCGAACAUACAGUCCCUCAGUCAAACGAAAACUUCUUUUCCUUUGAUGAUGACCUUACCCAGGACAGCAUUGUGGAGGAGCUGGUGCUCAUGGAGGAGCAAAUGUCCAUGAAUAAUUCUCAUCCUUAUGGCGGUUGUCUAGGAAUGGCACUUCAGAGUCAGACCGCAGCUCAAGGAGCUCCUGUGUCAUCUCAUCCAAGCAGCACGCACUUUUACCAUUCGAUCCAUAACAACAGCACUCCGAUUCACACUCCUACCCCCACCCCCACCCCGACGCCCACCCCCACCCCGACUCCAACACCCACCUCUGAAAUGAUCGCUGGAUCUCAGAACAUGUCCCGAGAGAGCCCUUGUUCGAGGCUGGCUCAGACAACUCCCGUAGACAGUGCUCUAGGAAGCAGCCGCCAUACGCCCAUCGGCACACCCCAUUCAAACUGCAGUAGCAGCGUCCCUCCAAGUCCUGUGGAAUGCCGAAACCCAUUUGCAUUCACUCCCAUCAGCUCCAGUAUGGCUUACCACGAUGCCAGCAUUAUAUCAAGUAGUCCAGUGAAGCCAAUGCAGCGGCCUAUGGCUACCCAUCCUGACAAAACCAAGCUUGAGUGGAUGAAUAACGGCUACAGUGGGGUUAGCAAUUCCUCGGUUGCAAACCACGGCAUCCUUACGAGCUAUCAGGAGCUGGUGGAAGACCGCUUCAGGAAACCUCACGCUUUUGCCGUUCCUGGCCAGUCGUACCAAUCUCAGCCACGCCACCAUGAUACUCACUUCGGUCGGGUGACUCCUGUUUCACCUGUGCAGCACCAGGCAGCCCCUGUCAGUAGCACCACCAAGCAAGAGGGCUUUGCUGUUCCUGCUCCUUUGGACAACAAAGGAACCGGUUCUUCUCUCAACAACAGUCUGAGAUGCCGGAGCGUGAGCCCUGCUGUCCAUCGCCAGCGUAAUCUCAGUGGAAGCACUGUUUACCCUGUUUCAAAUAUACCACGUUCUAACCUGACACCUUUUGGAAGUCCGGUGACUCCCGAAGUUCACAACGUAUUUGCUAAUAUCCAUGCAGACACCAGUGCCAAUAACAUAGCGCAAAGAAGCCAGUCGGUCCCGUUGACUGUGAUGAUGCAGACAGCCUUCCCGUCUCUUCAGAAACAAACAAACACUAAAAAAAUAACCAAUGUGUUGUUAAACAAACUUGAUUCUGAUAGCGAUGAUGCAGUGAGAGGUUUGGGGAUGAACAACAUGCCCUCAAAUUACACAGCCAGGAUGAAUCUCACUCAGAUUUUAGAGACAUCCGCCGCUUUUCCUAGUGCCAACCCACAAAAUAUGAUCAAUUCCAGCACUUCAGUUUAUGAAUUCCAAACACCAAAUUACCUCACAAAAAAUAGCAGCACCGAUCAGAUCAGUUUUUCUUCUGGAGAUAACCAAGCACAAUCAGACAUCGGAGAGCAGCAAUUAGAUUUUAGCAGCACUGUAAAAGACCUUUUAGGGGAGGACAGUCUGCCAACAAACCAGCAGCUGGUGAAUCAGGUGGCAUCAGAUCUCAAUAACGUUGCAUCUGUCUUUUCCAGCGAUAUCAGGUUGUCUUCCGAGCUCUCAGGCAGCAUUAACGAUCUGAACACUUUAGACACAAAUCUACUGUUUGAUCCAGGUCGUCAGCAGGGACAAGACGAUGAUGCUACACUGGAGGAAUUAAAAAAUGACCCCUUGUUUCAACAAAUCUGCAAUGAAUCCAUUAACUCAAUGACUACACCAGGUUUUGAGUGGAUGGAGAGUAAGGAUCAUCCUGCUGUUGAAAUGUUGGGUUAAUCUUGUUUUAUAAUAUGUAUGUAGCACACUGUAUCUAAAAGACAGACGUAUUGUAUUUGUCUUAAUGGAAGUGCCUCCCGCAGCAGAAACACUUGCUAUGUAUUGUGGCAUUUUUAAAAAAGUUUGCUGUACCGUUGCUCAUUCUUCAGCAGGGAAAAGGCAGUCUUACCAAUUCUAAACAAAUCUCUGAAGGUGAUGGGCUAUCAAAGAGCCAGUAUUAAAAUUUGAAAUUUAUAGUGUUUCCCAUUCAACGUUUCUUAUUGUAGUGGUUAAUAGCCAGCCAGCAGUGACAGCUAUGGUUGAGGCUUUGGGAGGGUUUUAAGUCGAGCUCGUUGGUAGGCUUUCCGUACUUUGUAUUGCUUGUUACUUCGUAGUGGAUGAUCCUUACUGACCUUUGUCGUUCAGGUCGGAAACGCAGGGUGCCUGCAGAUAGGCAGGCGGUGGGGAGUAGGGUACGAGUGAACCAGGUGACAUGCAGGUGCCUGAUCUUGAGCACUGCUCAGUGGUGAACUAUGGGAAAUCUCCGUAGCGCUGGUGCCAUUGCCAUCUCUAGCAAAACGCAGAGAUAGGAAAAACUGACAGGAAUGAUCAAGGAAAAAGAAAGAUGCACUAAAUUUUUUAUUUAAGAGAAAUAAAUCUAUGUAGUUAUUUUACCCAUUAAUAUUCAUGACAUACUUGAUAUUUUAGUUCUCACUUCGAUGUUUUUAUAUUAGGUAAAAUUCAUGCAAAAAGAUUUUGAGCACUGAGAUUUAAUCUAGGCCUAACACCCUAUUUUAAAGUGAUAGGUACUGAUUAAUUAUUUAUCAAUGCCAGAGAAGGAACGUGAUAUUUUCCCUCUUUUUUUAAAUAAAAGAGCUGCCGGAGCUCAUUAAAAUACUAUUUUUAAAGAUUAAUUUUUUAAGUUUGCUCUUUCCUAAGCUAGUGGAGGGUGUAGGAAGAUGUUCUUUUCUCUGUAUUUCAGUAGGUUGAGCCUUUCUGUCUUUCUUGCUCACUCUCUUUCACUCAAACAAAAGAUGACUAAAAUAUUAGAAAAUGUGGUUGAUCUAAAAAUAUUUCAUACAGAGCCAUAAUACUGCCAGGCACUUUACAGAUACACAGUAAGACAUGUGAUCUUACUUUUGGUAAAACUUCUUUUAAAAGUACUUACUGUUUUAGGAGCCUGAAUUCCAUUUUCAUAAGUGAUUUGACAGGACUGGUGAAUCUAAUUUUUAUUUUUUUUUUUUUUAGAAGUCCUUAGCUGCCCCUUUGGAAAAUGAGAUUUACACUUUUGCCUUGCUGGUUCACUUGAACCGAAAAAGACCUUUUGUUUUAUCAGCAUGGCAUGGAUCUCUCUCACGGUCAAAAGAGAGAGGUACUUAACCGGCCACGGGCCUGAUGCUAGAAAGAGGACUUGCAGAGGUGAGCUUUUACAGAAGUGGUGCGCUGAGGAUGCUACAAUACCACCCCUUAAGCUUAGCGUAAAAUCAAUUAUUUCUUCUGUGAAUUGACACUUAGAAAACAGAGUGGAAAACGUUUUCCUCUCUUGCAUUAUUUCUUUGAAUGAGCAGUCAUGCAUUUAUGAAGGGGGAGGCUUAUUGUGCCCCCCUAGAUUUACUAAGUGUCUUGGGGGUCCUCUGUUUCUUCAGUUUUCGCGAAUGACUUGAGAUCCCAGUACUGGUCAAUUUUUUUGGCGGCGCUGAUUCAACUUGUGCUGCUGCAUUGGCACUUGAGGUGCUGGGGUACCACGGCUUCUCUUGCUCCCGUUCAUCACCGUUCUGUGGCCUCUUCUGCAGGGACAAACAGUUGUGCCAAGCUAUAGCACCUUAUGGGGGCCUGAUCUCACUGUGCUUGCAUCAGAAGUUUUGCCGCUUCGUCAGGAACAAACUUGGAGAGUUCAGAUCCCUCCUUGAAGCACAUGGAUGUGCGAUGGUGUGGUUUGCUUCGUUUAAGACCAAGUGACCCUUUUAAGUUUUGUUAAGGAAAUGGGGAGGAGACUGAAAACUGCAUGGUUGCCUUCUGCAUGUUGUCUUGCCAGGAGUCUGUCAGUAAGGCUUGAACCAUUUUUCUCGUAGACUAAACUUAGGGCUUGAGUUCUGUACCUGCCCAUGGCCUUUCGCCAGAGAUGUGCUGAACAUCCUCUUACCUUCUUGACUUCACUGGGUCUGAGAGACACUUGGCACCUCUCUUUUCGGACCCCGACCCUGUGUGAAGUGCCAGCACUACUGUGAAUAGGUGAAACCUACCUUCCAAUGGAGAGGCACAGGGCAGGGUGCGAGCGCCGGCGCUGCGGGGAGAAGCCACAGACGUGCCGGCCUCGCCUCCAGGUCACUAACACUAAGACUGAGGUGGCCUUGGGGGAAAUAAGUUUUUGUCUAACUCUACUAGGUUUUUUUAAGAACGUUUCUCAGAAAAGCAAGAGUAGAUUUAAAGCUGGUGCGUUCGAAAUUAUGCAGCCGUCACCAAAGGUUUUUAAAAGUGCGUUUAAAAUGAUUUUUAAAUACAAGCAUUACAUUGGGCCUAACAUGUGACUUAAUUAUCAGAAAUAUUCUAUAAUCAGUGGAUUUAAAGCAAAUAUCUGUUUAAUUUAAGAAGUGCUAAAUUCAAUAAGGAUUGUUUCAAGUAAAAUCCAAGGCACAGGCACAGCUUUGUACAUUGGUAUGUAUUAUUUUAGAGGUGUUUGUGUGUUGGUGUUAUAAUUAAUAAUGUUAGGUCCCUGUACUUAGUGCUAGUUAGUUCUUUACGAUACAUUGAGACAGAGCACUACUGCACACCAAAGUAUGCAAUACCCAAAGGAAAAUUCUGUGAUUUUAACAAAUGGAAGCCUGUCUGCGUCAGAUACUCCAAAACUAAGAAUAUGAGACAGUUCUGACCCCUUGUUUACAUUAUUGGCUUCCUACUAACGUGAGAAAUAAAUUAUUUUGAUAGCAGUUUUUGCUUAAGUAUUCAAACUAGUGAAUUUGUACCCUGUGUACAGUAUUGCAGCAAACACUUUAAAUUUGGUUGGUUGGUUAGUCCAGCAAACUUCCUGGGUUCAUAUAUUGCACUAAAAUUCUGUUGAACCUGUGGCAGGCACAUUCCUUAGGAUAAAUGCAACAAAUACGGCCCACAGAUUUAAAAAAAAAAAAAGGCAAAACUAAAAAAAAACCCUUUUUAAUGUGUUUCAUUAUUAAAAGGCAAAAUGUCAUUAAAAGUGACAGGUGAAAUUGUCUUAUGUAGCAAUGUGCAUUGAUCUCAAUGAGAUAUUUCUAUUUCUUAUUCUCUUACAUGAGAAUAUUACAGCAGGAAAAAUUAAGUUUAGUUUGCUUCACCAUGUUAAUACAUGAUCACAAAACGUGCAUGAGUGUUAAUGACUUAAUCUUGUACAGUACUAGAUAUAUUCCUGUAACCACUUUUAUUUUUUUUAUUCUUUUGCUGUAUUGAAACUGGUUCAGUGUUAACCAGGUGAGCAUAGUUAUUCACAAGUUACUUACUUUUUUAUGUUAACUAAUUCAGCUUAGUUAUUGUUGAAUAUGUUCCUUUCUUGGAUUAUUUUUUAUUGUUCUGGUGUUGAAAAACAUUUUUGCAUCAUUUUAUCAUGAUAAGAAUUCAUGAAGUAAAUAAUUUGCAAAUAAUUGCAAUAAGCACUGACUUCUGAACUGAAAAGAAGGAAAGCGUUUCUUGUGCAGUGCAUCUGAGGUUCAUAUAAUAGUCUUGUACUAUACUGUGCUUUAUUUACUGCACCGUAAGGAGAGAAAAACCCCUGUUCCACGUUUUCAUUUAGUGCAGGAAAUCCAGUUUCUCCCCUCUUCCCCAGUGUUUUGUUGUCUGUUGUACUGCUGAAACUACAGUAGUUGAAUAUUGCAGUAGCAUUUCAGUUAUUUUUUUUAUUGAAAGUGCUCAAAA